CCCCGCCCGUCAUAAGCCUCCCCCCCGCAGCCGAAAGCCCGAAACCGAAGAACCCGAGAGGGCGAAGCCGAGAAGGGGACAGCAGCGGGCGAGAGAGGCAGAGAGAGGCGAGGAGACGAGAGCACCGUCGCCAUGAGCGCCCUCAAGUUCUGCAGCAAAUGCGACAACAUGCUGUACCCGCAGGAGGACAAGGAGAUGCACACCCUCCUCUACGCUUGCUCGAAUUGCCAGCACCAGGAGAUUGCUACUGAUACUUGUGUGUACAAAAGGGUUCUUCGGAAAUCUGCUGAUGAACCUAAAGACACCCUAAAAGACGCAGCUGCUGACGCGUCUCUGCCACGCACCAGAAGUGUUAAAUGCUACAACUGUGGCUAUCCAGAAGCUGCUUAUUUCCAGGCCCCGACGAAGGGAGAGCUUGGCCUGACGCUGUACUUCAUCUGCUGCAGCCCUACCUGUGGCCACAGGUGGAGGGACUGACUGACUGACAAGGGGGGAACCCUCCACAGAACGGAGUGUUAGUUCUUGGCACUGAAACUUGACUGGCCCUGUGUUGCUCAUGACUUGCGUUUGUCUUAACUUGUUAGCUUGUGGUAUCUGUGUUCCGAAGUUUAGGGCAACUUCAUCACUGUGGGCUUACUGCUUCUGAGCUUGUUCUCUUCAAUCUAUAUAUAUGCAGAUGUUGGUUUGACCUUGAA